AUGGCCCGCCCUGCAGCAGCCAGCUCCCAGUCCAGGCAGGGCGGCCCGCAAACCCACUCCUUCCUUCCGCCGGUGGUGGGGGGCUGGCUUCUAGGUUCGGCUCCCCUCCGGCCUCCAUCGGCUUGCCUUGCCUCCCAGAGGGCGCGCAUCCUGGCUCUGUCGCAACCGGGCCGCUCCUCUCAUAAGCGCCUCACUCACCGCGUAGUCUCGGGGAAAGCCAACCCGUGGUUUGCGGGAGCCAGUGAGCAUUCAGAUUCCCAGGCCAGCCCCAGGUCAGCUCGUCCUUCCCCAGGUUCAAACUCAGGACAGUUCUUCUCCUGGUACUUCCGGCAGGUCAGCUCGUCCUUCCCCGUGACUCCGGACUCUGUGGCGGCAGAUCUCCUGUUUGCACCUGCCUGCGCGGAAGUCCACGGUCACGUCGCGCUGGGCGGGGCCAGGUUCAUCCUCCCCUUGAGCUCUGUUCCUAGUCCUCCUCAGUCCGGAAAGGCGUUCGGUCCUGGCCGUCUCCCCUUCCCUCUCCCCACCCGCCAUGUCCUGUCCCUGGCUAGUUCUCGAAGUCAUUCGGCCUUCUUGGGGCUGGGCCUGGGGACACUGCGGGCGGCAGGACAGACGCCCCCUCCAGGGCCUGACGUGGCUCACAGCGGUGAGAUGAUCCGGGAGAGACCACGCCGUCGCCGCGUGUACCGUGAGGGCCGCCACCGCGGGAAGAAGAAAACGAAGGGCAAGAGGAGGAAGCUGGAAUAUGGGGAGAAGUGCUGGACAGAAAUAAAAAGGUAGGUAUAUCUAAAUGAAAUAAUCGUAUAAAACAAUGAGUAUUUUGAGAGCAUAAAACCACGUGGAAAGAAAUACUGUCCCAGGAUGAUUUGAAUAACAAUGUGUUGCAUCUGUGUAUUGCCUGGAAGGAAGGGAACAAUGUUGAUUAACUCAGUCUGCAAUUAGCUCAAAGCCAAGGGGACAAACUAAUAAUCUAAGGGUAGACACUAAAAUAACCAAAAUGGAAUGUUAGCUUCCAACCCAUGAAAAAUGAGAGGAGAGAACACAGGGUAAUCCGGUAGAAGGCAGAAAAGGGAGAGAGAAAAAAAAAAAAGAUGCAUAGAAAAAGCAUGAUAAAUAGUGCAAAAUAGGUUAUUAGAUAUAGAUAAAUCAAAAUAGAUCAAUAUUGCCAAUAAGAAG